UUUGAGUACAAAACAAUGGACCUGCUGCUGAGAUGUUGAAGCCUGCCAUGGGCGAGCCGUGAAUCGGCAUCUAUGCCGGAAUAAUACAAAUGAAGAAUUACGGUUGGUGGUAGCACACUACUGUCCUUGCAGAAGCUAUAUUGCAUGAGCGCAAAAGAAGAUAAAGGCAGAGAGUAGCCAGAAGAUGUGCUUCCUACAGUCCUUCAAGAUGCACACAAUGCUGCCGCAAGCAAAGCCGGAGGCAGCGGCGGGCUUGAGAUGGGCGAUAACGGCGGACGCGGAACUGUACUAUAAGGAACAUGAGAUCGCGCCCAGAUUUGAUUCGCCAUUGCGCAACCUGUCAAAAUCACUAGCGUGUAGUAAUCAAACAAUAAACAAUCCUGCUGGGGCUGCCGCCUCUGCGGAAGCAGCUUCCAUCAAGAGGCAUUGAGAGACAUUUGUGGCAAAAGAAGGCAUUCACCGAUGGCCAGAAUACAUCACGAUCGCUGGAGCUUCGGUAACAGCACAAAUCAAAGAGAAAAAAGUUUAUCUGCGCAGCGGCGCAAGCGGGAUGCCACGACGGGCGGGCCCAAGUGCCCAGAAGCUCAAUAUUAGCAACGGUCCAGACCAUGGUCUACGAAAUGCAGCGACCUCGCCGGCAUGUGGCCCCCCCCCCAUGUGCACUUCUACAGCACACACAGUGGGCUCACAGCACUGUUGUGCAGCGCCCAACACACCAAGAAUGUGCAAUUGCAGCCGAAACCUGGUGCUGCCCCCCUGCUGCGAGUGGCUUUAAGCUGUCAUUUGGGCGUUUUGCUCUGCCUGCAGGUUCCACGGCGGCCGAGAACGUUUGGAGGUGGCACGUCCAAGAAAAACGAGGCGGGUGUAGGCCGGGAAUUUGGCGUCAGUCCCAGCGAAGAAGCAAACAUGCAGACGCUACCACUUCGGCAGCUGCUGCCAUAGCAAAAAUUAGAGCCAUGAACUAACAAGCGCUCGCUUUUGUGCACAUGGCGAUUACAACUCUAAAACAUGGGAAUCCCUUGCGCGAGACGGCAAAGCGACGAUCAGCACUGGACAUAUUCUAGCGGAUGCCCAUACAAGUCCGCACGUUCUGGGCGUUACAAGAGCACAGUGGGGGGUGGUCGGCAACGCAAAGGUGCGCUAGGGAGGUUCUAGCCUGGGGCCUCGUCCGCAUGGCCCUUGUAGCUGGAUGUCUUGUAGCAUAUGCUGUAUGAGUCGAAACUGGGGGCUUGUCGUUGCGUUUCUUUUUUUCUUUUGUCGCGAGAUCCUUCACAACUUGACUUGACGCAAAAGUCCAUAGACUAACACACUUUACUUCUGUUCUCCAUCUAUCGGCAUCUGAUCAAACGUCGUCUUCUUUCACUAACCUUCUCCAACGGUGCCUCUCUUCCCCCGGCCGCGCUUCCCGAACCCACUGUCCGCCGCUGACUUUCCGAAAACUAUAGCGCCUUUAGUGCUCAACACCAGCUAUUGUUCCACUACAGGUCCCUCUUCCCAACUGUCUCGAGUCGCUACACCACAGCCUGUGUCUCCCAGGCUCCAUCCUACUCUUUCUUGCUCGCCCCAUCUCCACUCCGUGGCUUUCAGUAGUCUCUUUCUUUGCUGCUCGGCUUCCCUGCUUUUGAUUCAAUUUCUCUGCUCUUACUCUUUUCCCUAUGCGCCUCUGCCCUGUAGCCGACCUGCUGCUCCUUGCCUGCCAGCUGCUGCUUCCCACUGCAGGUCGACAGACGCCAGCUUAGAAAUUCGGACAGGUUGUUCCGGCUGCCUCUGAAGCCGUCGCCUUUCCUGCAGCACGCUGCUGACUCUCUCACUUCUCUCGACGCCAUCUAGCCAAUAUUGAUCGACUUCCAACGAUAAUUCGAUGCAUAGCGGAGGUAGCCCGUCUCCGAAUCGCCCGCCUCUUCGCCCUUCCCACCAGACUCUACCACUCCCGACGCCGUCGUCUUCCUCCUCCUCCGUCUCGCCUCACAAUACCUCUACACCAAACUCUACGCCGUCGGUUCCCAGUUCAGAUACCUCAGCGGCGGCGUCCAAUCCUCCCACCGCAGCUUGCUCGCCAACCCCAAACACCGACAGCGCCUCACCAUGGCCUGCUGGUAAUCAACCCCAGCCCGGUGCUCAAAACAUCCCGGGCCCAGCACAUAUCGCAGCUCUCGAUCGAUCCAGUAGUACUGCAAAGAAGAGACAUUCACAAAUGCGGCCCUCAGCAAACCCCCGGGCGCCACCAGCGCCGUCCAAGAAAGCCCGUACUGGCACAUCUCCUCCCCGUGGAUUCGAGAUUCCCAGUAGCAUCACUGGCCCUCUCUCGCCCGCUGGUUUCAAAGCAGCUCGCGAGGCUAUGCAAUCUCCUCUCUUCUUCUCAAAUAGCCCAGGUCGACAUUAUAGCCGCCCAUCCGUCGAUUCAGUGCCCGACGCAAGCAUCGCCGCGACGCUAGCCCAUGCCAAGGAUAAUAUGGCUUCUGCAUCAGUAACCACAGUCAAGAUUCCCAGCGGCAACGUUCGUACAGUCAGCCCAGCAGUAUCAACCAGCACACCGGGUAGUCUAACGUCAUCCGCGGAAUUUUCGAUUUCGACAACGGCAAGUCCCGAUUUCAGAACAUUACCACCAAAUCUACAAAUGCUCCGCGGCAUCGGUGUCAUCGAGUUAUUAGAGAACGAUGACAGACCAACAUUCAUGGUAGAUGUCAGUGCCUCUACGCCAUCACCGCCGCGCCCGAAUCUUCCCAUAUUAUAUUACAAUGCUUCGCUUCGCAACUUUCACGAAAUCCACAACAUGUUAGCUGUUGAGAUGGAUGGCUCCCAAACAGCCCAUGAAUUUGAAGUCUUCAGAUCUUGGGUCAUGUGCCCUAUCCUCGAGCGAGAACGAUUAGAUCUUACUGCUCCGUCUAUGGAAUAUCAAGGUAUUAUCUGGACAAAAUCCACAAUUAGACAAAGGUAUAGAUUUAUCAGCGGCAAUAUCAACGUCAUGUCUUCGUACCCGAGACGAACAUCAGGGCCCAUGGCGCAAGAGCCGCAAGAUGUUUCCCAGUGCGCGUCCAUGCCAGGUAGUCCCGUUACCGAUGCCCCGGAUACGACUGAUUAUUUUGGUGAUGCUGCGACUCAGCUAGUGACUGCGGAGCCCAUGGACGUUGAAGCACAGAACGAGCAACCUGCCUUCGAUACUGGUGCCUUACAACAGCACCCCGAUGCAUUUACAAAUGAAGUCCUACAAUCACAGCCCUUGAAGGCGUCCUUUGAUUGGACAAGGAUCCCUCUUAGUGACGACCUUCCGGAACACUUAAAGUUUGCCAAAACUUUCGACUGGUCUUCGACACUGCUUGGCCCUAUGGACGAAUGGUCAUAUGAAUUGCGUGUGACAUCGAACCUAAUCAUGGGUAGUCCUCAUCCUGCGUGCUUGUUUUGGGGCCCUGACUUUGUCUGUAUCUACAACGAAGCAUACGUCGAGUUGGCAGGCCAGAAGCAUCCAAAGCUUAUGGGUCAGCGAUACGAAGACGGUUGGGCAGAAGUGGCCCCAAGCAUUCUCCCAACCUUUCGAAGCGCAAUGAAUUGUGGCCAAGCCACCAUGAAACACGACAAUAGGCUCUUCCUCAACCGCAAUGGCUUCCUAGAAGAAACAGUCUUCUCGUGGUCUGUUGUUCCUAUAAUCGGUCGAGAAGGUGAUGUCGUUGGUCUUUACAACGCUGCCUUUGAGAGUACCCUACGCUCCGUGACGGAACGUCGCAUGCGGACUUUACGUGAAAUCGGACAGCAGAUCUCAGUGGCACCGUCAGUCCAAAGCUUUUGGCAGCUGGUUACAAAAGCGCUCGAAUACAACGAAAUCGACAUUCCUUUCAGCCUGAUCUACUCAAUAAAGAACGACUGCAGUGAGAGUGAUGUCGCUUCUACUCAGUCCUCGACGACCGGACAGCCACUCGUACUGUCCCUUGUUCAUUCGGCUGGUGUCCCUGAGGGUCAUAGAUUGGCGCCUGCUACUUUGGACGUCAAGCUUACCGACUAUGCUUUCGCUCCUUAUAUGCUAGACCUACUAAACAACGGGGCUGCUGAGACUGUUUUAUCUGCCGCAAACGGCACAUUGCCGACUCAUCUUCUUGAUGGAAUACAAUAUCGCGGUUAUGGCGACCCCAGCACCACAGUUAUUAUCAGCCCCAUCGCACCGAUCAACGGAGAUACAGUAACAGGCUUCAUGAUCAUGGGCACAAAUCCUCGUCGCCCAUAUGAUGAUGACUACAAAUUAUUCACAAACCUUCUUUCCCGUCAGAUGGCUACGACCCUUGCCUCUGUCAUGUUAUUUGAAGAAGAAAUCAGGCGCGGUCAAAGAGCAGCUCAGCUUGCUGCACUCGAUCGCCAGGAACUCUCGUUACAGCUACUUCAACGCACACAAGAAGCGAGCGAGAGUGAGCACCGAUUCGCCCGCAUGGCGCAAUUUGCUCCUGUAGGGAUGUUCAUCGCUGAUUCAGAAGGCGAAAUCACUUAUUGCAACGACAUGUGGGCCCAGAUUUCUCGUCACUCUCUUUCCAUGGAGUCCCUUGGCGCAUGGAUGGAUAAAGUCAAGGAGGAAGACAGACCUGGGCUUGAAGCUGGCUGGACGAAGCUAGUGGAAGACAAGACUUCAGUCUCACUUGAGUUCCGUUUCAAAGACUUCAAAGAUGAAAACGAUACUGGAACUGAUACAUGGGUACUGCUAAGUGCGUAUCCAGAAAAGAAUAUUGACGGCAGCUUGAAGUCCAUCUUUGGAUGUAUCACCGAUAUCUCGUCCCAAAAACUGGCCGAAAAGGUACAGAGCGAAAGACGCGAAGAAGCUGUCGAACUCAAACGCCAGCAAGAAAACUUCAUCGAUAUCACCAGUCACGAAAUGCGAAAUCCUCUUUCGGCCGUCCUGCAAUGUGCUGACCAAAUAGUUCAAAACAUUGCCGCCUUUACUUCCUACUCUGCACAGAAGGAAGUAGAGAACUUGUUGGAGAGCUGCGCCGAUGCUGCACAUACCAUCAACCUCUGCGCUAGUCAUCAAAAGAGAAUUGUCGACGAUAUCCUGACGCUGUCAAAGUUGGACUCAAAUCUCUUGACCGUGACUCCAAUUGAUGAAAAGCCGGUCAAUGUGGUGCAAAGCACACUAAAGAUGUUUGAAUCGGAAUUGCUGGCUCACAGUAUUGACCUCGAAUUAAAUGUCGAUGACAGCUUCGACAACCACGACGUUAAAUACGCUCGCCUUGACCCAUCUAGGUUGAGCCAGGUAUUGAUUAACCUAAUGACAAACGCCAUCAAAUUCACUCAAAGUCGAGAAAAGCGUAGCAUUAUUGUCAGCCUUGGCAUGUCACGAGAUAUUUCGGAAACUUCCAUCUCCUAUCUACCGCGCAAUACCGACCAGAGGAUGCCCUUGGUCGACAUACACACAAAGGAAUGGGGCGCGGGUGAUGUGAUUAACAUUCACUGUUCUGUGGAAGAUACUGGCCGUGGUCUCUCAGAAGAAGAAUUAAAGAUUCUCUUCCAGCGAUUCCAGCAAGCCACUCCACGCACCCAUGUCCAGUACGGCGGCUCCGGCCUGGGACUCUUCAUUUCUAGAAUCCUGACGGAGAUGCAAGGCGGCCAGAUCGGAGUGUCUUCCAGCCACGGCCAGGGCAGCAAGUUCAGCUUCUACAUCCAAUGUAGGAAAAGUGACCGCGAGCCCAACUGCGAGCCAGUUACCGCCUUUAAGCUCGAGCGCAAAUACAACCAGCAAACACCUCCGCCAUCAAACAACCUAGCCAUCUCCGCCGCCGCGUCCCCCGCAAGCGCUGCUCGCAACGUAACUCCUUCCACAGCAGAACGACCUCUCUACGACGUUCUCAUUGUCGAAGACAACCUCGUCAACCAAAAGGUCCUACAGCGCCAACUGCGCAACUGCGGUAACAACAUCUUUGUAGCCAACCAUGGCCAGGAGGCUCUCCAGACCCUUGAACGAUCUCGCUUCUGGUCCGGCCAGGAAUCCAACGGCGUCGACAUCUCUGUCGUACUGAUGGAUCUCGAAAUGCCCGUCAUGGAUGGCAUGACGUGCGCAAAGCGCAUUAGAGAACUACAGCGCGAGGGAACUAUUGUGAAGCACAUUCCCAUCAUUGCCGUCACUGCGUACGCCAGACCAGAACAAAUCGCGGCAGCGAAAGAAGCAGGCAUCGACGACGUUAUUUCCAAACCCUUUCGAAUCCCCGAACUACUACCCAAAAUCGACGAGCUUGUCACCAAAUAUCAAGGUUUGUCUGUCGAACCAUAACCGGCAAACGCCGAAUACCUCCCCCCCCCAACAAUAUGGAAGGAAGAACUCGUGCCUAUAUGGACUCUUGAAUACAUCCGGAAACUAUUUUGUACACGAUUAAAAGUAUAUGCUGUUUUUUGUCAUGGUAGAUCUAGCGAGCGUUGAUUUUUCAUCUUCAUUCUCUUGACUUUUACGGGUUAUCAAACUUGGAUUUUACUUGCAGAGGAGUUUUUAGGCGCGAGCGAGCCUUUGGUCAGCCUUUGGUCAGCACACGGAGACCAGGCUUUAGUACAAAAUACAUCAUAAUUCAUCUUAUUCGUUUUGAAAACAAGAACAACAGUCUUAACAAAAUGGUACAUAAAGGGCUCUACAGGUAACGUAACGAACCAGAGCUAGCCGUCCAAGGACGAUACACUACAGAUGGUAUUCAUGGGUUCACAGAACAAGCAUUCAAGACAGACAAUGUAAAUAACUCUCAACAGUUGUAUUAGGUAUUAACUAUAACUUCUCCCACCGGGUAUCGAACAAAACAGACCAGUGCAUGUGACUACCACUAUAUCUUCCAUACUGGCGAACCAAUAGUGGGGGUUUUCUCUUUUUUUUCUUGCAGUUUUCGGGGUAUAAUAUUUUGUAAAAGCAAUGUAGAAAAUUGGUAUCAAUGAAAGCAGCCUUGACAGGGUAUCUUUAGUUUCUUGAGAGGCAGUGCAGAACAAUCCGUCCGUUAAUGACCAUCUUAUAUGUAUAGUCGUGGGGCAUUUGAGUUCAAGCAUUGCUUCAAAGUCGUGACGGUUCACAGAGCUGACGCCUUCUAAGCGGCGGCGGUGACAGCGGGGGUGGUGGUGUUGACGGCCUCGGGGGCAUUCUCAACAGCCUCCUCAGCGGCAGCGACCUCGUCAGCCUUGGGAGCCUCCUCGACAGCGGCGGCGACGGUCUCUUCGGCGGCCUCAGCCUCCUCCUUGACAGCCUCCUCAGCAGCGACGGCCUCGGUCUUGGCAGCCUUGGGCUUGAUGAUGGAGGCACGGAUCUUGGAGAAAGCGCUCUUGGAAGCGGGCUUCUCCUCACCCUCAGCAGCGGGCUCAGCCUUGUCGCGCUUGCCGAAAGCGAAGGGGAGAGAAGACUUGCGCUUCUCCUUGAUCUCCUUCUUGACAUCGGCAAUAGCCUCAUUGGCCUGGUUCUCGACAUCCUUGACGGCGUCAGCAAGAGGGGUGGAGGUCUCAACGGGAGGGAUGACGGGGGCCUCCUCGGUGGUGGCCUCAGCAUCAGCAGCAGCCUCCUCAGCGGCAGGGGCAGCGGCCUUCUUCUCCUUCUUGGCGAGGAGACCACCGAAGAAGCUGUUGCGCUUGUUAGCAACGGGCUUCUCCUUGACCUCGGUGGCGGCCUCAGUAGCCUCCUCAGCAGCGGGAGCGGCCUCCUCAGUGGCGGCGGCCUCAGCAGCAUCUUCGGCAGCAGCCUCCUCAGCAAGAGGGGCGGCGGCAACGACAGCCUCAUCAGCGAUGGGCUCCUCCUCCUUGGGGAGGACAUCCUUCUUGCCGAAGCCGAAGAAAGAGGCACGCUUGCGGCUAGCAGAGCGGCGCUUGGGCUCCUCCUUGGCGGCAUCACCCUCCUCCUUGGGGGCCUCCUCGGUAGCAGCGGCCUCUUCGGCAGCAGGGGCGGCCUCCUCAGCGGCCUUCUCCUCCUUAGGAGCAGGCUUGAAGGACUCAAUGGUGUUCUUGUAGGUCUCAGACUCGGUGACAGAGGCGGCGAGCUCCUUGGCCUCAGCAAUCUUGGCCUUGAUCUGGCUGACCCAGUUGUCACGCUCGGCAGCGGUGGCGGCCUUGAAGCUGUGCUUGCUGCCGUGAGCAGUCAGGAAGAACUUGUUAGAACCCUCAGUCUCGGGCUCAGUGGCGUGAGCAAGGUUGAUGAUGUGGGAAGGAGCAGCCUUGUCACCAGCGAAAAGGAGACCCUUGCCGGUGUGAGCAGCCCAGGCAAUGUUGUUGAUGGCGUUCUCGGCAGCCUUCUGAGACUUCUUGUAGGCCUCAAGAGCCUUGGCCUCAACGGCAUCAGAGCCGAAGAAGAAGAACUCCUUGCUGGCAAUCAGGUUCCUAGCGCAGAGCUGUUAGCAUUUACAACGUCUUGUAUAAGCGUAUAGCUGCAAAAAUUAAAAACUCACUUGGGGAAGCUGGCGCCCUGGGCUUUGUGGCCAAGGUGGCCCUCCUCAAUAGGCUUAACCUCCUCCUUCUUCUCCUCGACGACGGCAGCGGCAUCGGCGACGGCCUCCUCAGCAGGCUUGGUCUCCUCGACGGCAGCGGUCUCAACGGCAGGAGCCUCAGUGGUAACGGCAGCAGUGACCUGCUCAACGGCCUCCUGGGCGACUUCGACGGGCUUCUGUUCCUCGGCCAUUGUGUUGUGUAUUAAAAAAGGUAGAGGGGUAUCUUAAAAUGAGUUGGGUAUCACAAAAACGAAGAAAGACGAUGGGUAUAAUAGAAAAGGAAACAGAAUCCAGAAAUACCGAUGGAGAAGAAAGUGAUGAAGAUGAGCACUUGAAAGCGUGUGGAAGGAAAGAAAGAAGAGACAAGCCAGCGGAAAGGGGGUGUUGGGGGUACUUAUUUGCUUUGAAGCGGGAGAGGGACGAGG